AUGCAACCUGCGGAAAAGCCGACUCAAUCAAAAACUGUUUUAACCCUGCCUAGAGAGAAAACUCAAGAUGAAAUCAAGCUCGAACAGAGUGGAGAUAUUGAUGCUCUUCAACGGUAUCGGCGGAACGUGAUUCGCCAAGAAGAGUAUCUUUACACCGAUCGAGCGCUUAAGCUUCUCCGGAUAGAAGAAGACCUUCGAAGUACUGUCCAGGAAGAGCAGAUCCUCGCCAAGAAGCCCGAAACAACAGAUAUUGGUUACUGGAACGACAGUGGUGGAAAGUCCGAAGCUCAUUUGUGGAGGGACCGCUAA